AUGUCAACAUUCAAAUACCAACCUCUAGAGCAGUCGGAUAAAAUCCGCCUGCUCGUUCUCCAACCAGGCUCUGGCACUAGUCCAAUCGAAUGCAGCCUCCUCCACAAAACGCUAGGCACACAACCUUACGAAGCGUUGUCCUACGAAUGGAAGGACGCUAGCGAUUGCGAUCCUAUGAUUGUUGUAGACGGUUGCGACGUUCGCGUUCGCAAGAACCUGCGCGAUGCUUUACUACAAAUAAGGCUUGUUGAAGAAAACCGAUACUUAUGGAUCGAUGCUUUGUGUAUUAAUCAGGCCGACGUCUGUGAGAGGAACAAACAGGUUCAGAAGAUGGGAAAGAUAUAUAAGGGCGCACGAAGUGUUAUUUCCUGGUUGGGACUAGCCUCGAAUAACAGCGAUCUUGCGAUGGAGAAGCUGGAAAGUGUGGGCGAGUUCAUGGAGGGACAUGAUGCCAAGCUAUUCAGCUUGGUGGACAGCUUCCAAAACAUCCAAUGUCAGGCAAUCCUCGCAUUGUGCCAACGCUCCUAUUGGCAGCGAGCCUGGAUACUGCAGGAAGUAUUUCUGGCUCGAAAACUCGUAGUGCACUGCGGCGACAAAUCUUCCUCUAUUGUGGCUCUCGAUAACUCCCUCUGCUGUCUUGGACGUGUUCGAGAGUAUGACAAAGGCAUCGUCUCAAGCGCUGCAUUUGAGCAUGUCCUGGCAAGAAGAGCGCCCCCCCAGAUGAAUGUGUUGUCUCGAUGGGUAAACGUGAGCCUGAGUCAAAACUACGUUGCUACUGAGCCUCGCGAUAUUAUUUAUGCGAUGCUCGGAAUUGCUAGUGACUGCCAGGAUGGUGAGCUGCUCCCUGAUUAUGAGAAGCCGUUGGUCGAGCGGAAAGACUCGAACUCCUUCAUAAUAAAAGAGUCUCAGAUUAUCUGGGUUUAA